UUCGACGACGAGGAAGAAGAUGGCGGCGCUCAUCAGGCAUGGUUUAGUCGUGAAUCCUUUAAAAAGUUCAUCCACAAUUCUUGCCGUAAACACGACGAGUCUGCGAUACAAUAUAACUCGUUUUAAGAGCAAGAAACAAAAAAACAAAGUGGAAAUUCGCAGGUUUGCCGAUGAAAAGAAGUCUCUUUCUUGCAAAGGAUUUUUGAGGUAUCAGAAAGAAUACAAUCCACCAAAAAAUGUGGCCGAUAGAAUAAAUAAAAUUUGCGAGGUACAACAAAUUUCAGCCACCAAUGAAACGAAAAUCGAGGAUCCAUUGCAACGUUUCAACCUUUUUUUAGCGUGCGAAGAAGAGCUUCAACAUCCAGUGAUGAAUUCUGUGCUAUAUAGCAUCGAAACAAUCGGUGAUUUAAAAAAAUACUACGAAACUCCAGUUGAUUCUAGAACUCCAUUGGAGGUUAUGCGUUCCAUGGAUUUACCAAAGAAUUUACAUAUUAAUUAUGAUUAUAUUCGAUUCCAUCCUGAUACGGAUACACUAUUCAAUGGCAAAACAGCAUUUCCGUCAAGCUCUACUCUAGUUACAGGGUUAAAAUAUAAGAAAAAAUAUCCUGGACAUUAUCAAGAUAAUCCAUUCUUGGAGAAAAUGCUUAAGAUCUAA